AUGUCGUUCCUGACAGGCACCCACGACCUGACAAACACAACGCCCAUUCCCGGCCCGGUCAAGAAGGCGGCGGCCGUGGCCCUCCUGCAGGACCACGACUUCUUCCUGCACUGCGACCCGCACCUCACGGGCUACAAGGCGCUGCCGCCGCCGACGGAGCCGUACGAGUCGUUCAAGGUGCCCGCGGACAUCGUGCCGCUGGGCGCGGCAUCCGGGGACGGCCACAAGGUCAAGCUGUACGAGGUCACGGACCACGUGCCCAACCCCGUCUGGGAUAGCAAUGUGCUCAGCACCGAGGAGUUUGUCGACUUCGCCGACGGCGUCUGGGUCCGCAUCCGCAGCCCCAUGGGCGUCGUCAUGGAGACGACGUGGAUCGUGCGCGAGGGCGAGGGCCAGCUGGAGCUGGUCGAGGACGUCCACAUCAGCUGCAACCGCAUGUUGAUGGGCAUCGUCAAGGGCAGCGUCGAGGGCAACUGGCGCAAGAUCCACGAGAAGAUCGUUGCGCGGAUGGUGGAGGACGCCAAGAAAGGAGAGGGGGCUCCGUAG